AUGUGCUCCAGACAAAGCUCCGGGGGCUGCCACGGAAUGUCCUCCCAGUCCAGUGGCUGCCACAGCCAGGGCUCCAGUUGCCAUGGGAGCAGCUCCUCCAGUUACCAGUCCCAGGGCUCCUCCUGCUGCGGGGGUGCAGGGGGCUCCAGCAAAGUCAUCAUCACCUCUGGUGGUGGAGGAGGAGGAGGAUCCUGCUGCAGCGGGGGCUCCUCUGGAUACGGGAUGGGAGGGGGAUACGGCGGUGGAUAUUCGGGAUCAAAGACCAUCAUUGGAGGGGGAAGCAGUGGAGGCUCCUCUGGAUGCUGCAGUGGAGGAUCUUCAGGAUAUGGGAUGGGAGGAGGAUAUGGCAGUGGCUCUUCAGGAUCAAAGAGUAUUAUUGUAGGUGGAGGUGGUGGAGGUUCCUCUGGAUGCUGCAGUGGAGGAUCCAGCUAUGGGAUGGGUGGAGGAUGCAGUGGUGGCUCUUCAGGAUCAAAGACCAUCGUUGUAGGUGGAGGAAGCAGUGGAGGUUCCUCUGGAUGCUGCAGUGGAGGAUCUUCAGGAUAUGGGAUGGGAGGAGGAUACAGUGGUGGCUCCUCAGGGACAAAGAUCAUUGUUGGAGGGGGAAGCAGUGGAGGUUCCUCUGGAUGCUGCAGUGGAGGAUCCAGCUAUGGGAUGGGAGGAGGAUGCAGUGGUGGCUCUUCAGGAUCAAAGAGCAUCAUUAUAGGUGGAGGAAGCAGUGGAGGCUCCUCUGGAUGCUGCAGUGGAGGAUCCAGCUAUGGGAUGAGUGGAGGAUGCAGUGGUGGCUCUUCAGGAUCAAAGAGCAUCAUUGGAGGAAGCAGUGGAGGCUCCUCUGGAUGUUGCAGUGGAGGAUCUUCAGGAUAUGGGAUGGGAGGAGGAUACAGUGGUGGCUCCUCAGGGACAAAGAUCAUUGUUGGAGGGGGAAGCAGUGGAGGUUCCUCUGGAUGCUGCAGUGGAGGAUCCAGCUAUGGGAUGAGUGGAGGAUGCAGUGGUGGCUCUUCAGGAUCAAAGAGCGUCAUUAUAGGUGGAGGAAUCAGUGGAGGCUCCUCUGGAUGCUGCAGUGGAGGAUCUUCAGGAUAUGGGAUGGGAGGAGGAUAUGGCAGUGGCUCUUCAGGAUCAAAGAGCAUCAUUGUAGGUGGAGGUGGUGGAGGUUCCUCUGGAUGCUGCAGUGGGGACUCCUCCAGCUAUGGAAUAGGAGGAGAAUAUGGUGGAUCUUCAGGAUCAAAGAGCAUAAUUGGGGGUUCCUCUGGAUGUUGCAGUGGAGGAUCUUCAGGAUAUGGGAUGGGAGGGGGAUAUGGUGGUGGCUCCUCGGGAGGGAAGAUCAUCAUUGGAGGCGGAGGUGGUGGUGGAUCCUCCGGAUGCUGCAGUGGAGGAUCCAGCUAUGGGAUGAGUGGAGGAUACGGCGGCGGCUCCUCAGGCCAGACCAUCAUCAUCAGCUCUGGAGGUGGCGGCGGAGGCUCCUCCCAGCAGAAAUGUCCCAUUGUCAUCCCCAGCGUGGUGUCCCACCAGACCAAGCAGAGCUCCCACUGCCCUGGCCAGUGGAAGUAA